AUGGUGGCUGAAAGCAGUGGCAAUAAUCAAAGGUAUAUGGAUCAACAAUCCUCAUUGCGAAAUACCUCAUCAUCCAGUGUUAGGAAAAAGAAUACUAAAAAGGAUCUGUUAGAUAUCGAUGACAAUAUGCCAGUUCCCGAAUUGCCCCACGACCCUAAGCUUAUCAUCGAAUCACUUAAAAUACAGAUCCGACAAUUGAAGGUAGCAACAAAAGGUAUGCCGAGAUGCUUGAUAUGUCUGGAUGCCUAUCAAACGCCGGUCACUUCAAUCGUAUGCUGGCAUGUACACUGUGAAAAGUGUUGGUUACAAUCUCUUGGAGUUAAAAAGCUUUGCCCGCAAUGUCAGAAAAUUACCACUGCUAGUGAUUUAAGAAGAAUUUACUUGUAA